AUGAAGGUUGGUGUCGAUGUGGGAACAGUCUCGUCCCGUGCAGCCUCUGGUUGCAAUCCAGCUCGUGUGCUUACCGAUAACAAUGCGAACCGGGAGAUUCCCAGUCUGAUCAAGAUCCUUUCCACGCACCGUCUCUUCGGCAGAUCAGCUCAGUUUCCCAGUGCGGCGGAUAGGGUCAUCAGCGACGUGAGACGAAACGAUCUUAAAGAAAACGGUGUCGAUUAUGCUAUGCUGUUGGAAAAUCUUCUGAAGCAAACGGUGAACGAUGAUGUGACGCAUCUCGUUGCCACUGUUCCAGUUUGUUUCACGAGCUCAGAGCGAGUGAUUUUGAAGCAACUUAUUGAGGUGGUCGUCCCUGGAGCGAAAAUUCGUGUUGUUAACGAAUCUACGGCGGCAGCAGUGGCCUACGGAGUUGACAAUUUUGCCCGUGACGACCCUGUUCAAAAGGAUGUCUUGAUUUUCAAACUCGGCGCUGGAUUUCUAGAUGUCGCGGUGGCUGACAUCAGUUGGAAUUCAGUGGUGGUAAAAGAGGCGUUUGGUGAGCGUCUGGGUGGUAUCGAUUUCACACGUGACUUGGCAGAAGACCUGAGGCGGAAAUUUAGCUUUCAGUAUAAUUACAAGUAUAAGAUUAAGUCCGGGUCGCUUCUUUUGAAAGAAGCAGAGGAUAUCAAACGUCGUCUUAGAUUGAGCGACCCGUUUGGAGUUUCCUUCUGUAUUUAUGAGGCCGCAGACGGCAUCGAUUUUAAAGGAAAGUACACCUCGGAUGACUUCCGGAAAGCUUGCAAAAGCAAUAUCAAACGCCUAGAAAAAGUCAUAAGAAAAAUCAAGUCGCGUGUGUGCAAGGUUGUUCUUAUCGGAGGUGGAAGUCGAAUGCAAUUUGUGGAAGAACUCCUAACGACCCGCUUUCCGGGGGCCACGAUAAUGAAAAACAUAAGUGCCGAAGAAGCAGCUGUUCAAGGAGCCGGUAUACUGGCGGAGCAUUUCGCGAAGGACACUCUUUUUACGUCUGUGGCUGGUCAUGAUUCUGGAGGCUUCUAUCUUCGGGAAAUUUCCUCUCACGAAAUUUCAUUGCUAAAACAUGGGGGUGUGGUUUUAGACUACAAUUCCACAAUUCCAAGUGGCCUUAUUUCGCUUGGCAACAGGAAUCACAUGAUCUUUGAAAAUGGAGUUCAGUUAUCAGGAGAAUCAAAAUUCAAUGCUUUUUCAGUGGACGCCGAGGGAAUGGUUCACGUGUGCCUCUGGGAGGAAUUCCCCCUACGUGGACUUACAACGAAUGAAAUUGAAAAAGUACAACAGAAAAUGAACGAAUUCAACGAUCUUGAUGCAAGGUACAAAAGAGAGCACUCCGACGCGCGUUAUUCAGAAAUAGAAAAUUUCAAAGCGGAUUAUCGGCGGAACCAGUCUGGUGUCGAUCGCAGCCGAAGCCACGUCAGAGGAUGUCGAGACAAUUUCGCUCAGAAACGGCCACGAUCACAAGUACAACUACAUCAAGCUUGGUUGCAAAACUGA